AUGGUUGAGGCAGUUGUGUCCUUUGCAGUUGAUAGGCUUGCUGAUCUACUGAUUGAAGAGGCCAGAUUGUUAAAGGGGGUGAGUGACGAGGUCAAAAGCAUGCAAAAUGAACUAAAGAGGAUGCAAUGCUUCCUAAGAGAUGCUGAGCGCAGGCAGGAUGAAGGUGAUACUAUAAAGAAUUAUAUUUCGGAGGUUAGAAAAUUAGCCUACGAUGCAGAGGACGUGAUUGAAAUUUAUGCUAUUAAGGUUGCAUUUGGCAUAAGUAUUGGAACUAGAAAUCCACUCUCCAGAACUAAACAUAUUCACAAAGUUGGCUCUGAGCUCGUAUCAAUCAAUUCUCGAAUAUCUGACCUCACAAGAAGCUUACAAACUUAUGGUUUGACUGCAACAAAAGACAAUGAAGAGGCAUCUGAGGUGAAAAGAGAAUUGAGAUGGUCUUAUUCUCACAUUGUUGAAGAGUUCAUUGUUGGCUUAGAUAAGGAUAUAAACAAAGUGGCAGAAUGGCUAUUAAAUGAAAGUCAGGACUGUCGAUUCGCUUAUAUUUGUGGAAUGGGUGGUCUUGGUAAAACUACACUUGCCAAAGGCAUUUACCAUUACAAUGCAAUUAGGCGAAACUUUGAUGGUUUUGCGUGGGCCUAUAUAUCUCAGCAAUGCAAGAAAAGGGACGUUUGGGAGGGAAUUUUACUGAAGCUUAUUUCUCCUACCAAAGAGGAAAGGGAUGAGAUUACGAAAAUGAAAGAUGAUGAACUAGCAAGGAAGUUGUUUAAAGUUCAGCAAGAUAAAAAAUGUUUGAUCAUCCUGGAUGACAUAUGGAGCAAUGAGGCAUGGGACAUUUUAAGUCCUGCAUUUCCAUCUCAAAAUACAAGGACUAAGAUAGUUUUUACAUCCCGCAAUAAAGACAUUUCAUUGCAUGUGGAUCCUGAAGGCUUGCUUCACGAACCUAGUUGCUUAAAUGCAGAGGACAGUUGGGCAUUGUUUAAGAAAAAAGCUUUCCCAAGACAAGAUAACCCAGAAUCCACAAUUUCUGAUAACUUCAAAAGAUUAGGCAGAGAAAUGGUUGCAAAGUGCGGUGGUCUGCCUUUGGCUAUCAUUGUUCUUGGAGGGCUUUUGGCUACAAAGGAGUCAGUCCCCGAGUGGGAAAAAAUACAUAAGCAUCUAAGUUCAUACCUAAUGGGAGGAGAGAUACGUGAUAGGAGAAGAUUAGAUGAAGUGUUGGAUUUAAGUUAUCAGGACUUGCCUUGUCAACUGAAACCAUGUUUUCUCUAUUUAAGUCAAUUCCCUGAAGAUUCUGAGAUACCAAAAACUAAACUAAUGCAGUUAUGGGUAGCAGAAGGUGUUGUUUCGUCUCAAUAUGAGAUUGGACGGGAUGAGACAAUGGAGGAUGUUGCUGAACGCUUCCUAGGUAACUUAAUUAGCCGCUGCAUGGUUCAAGUUGGUCAGAAGGGGUCUACUGGUCGGAUUAAAACCUGCAGGCUCCAUGAUUUAAUGCGUGAUCUGUGUUGGUCCAAGGCCAGAAAAGAAAAUUUUCUCUACAUUAUUAAUAGAUCACAACAAAAUAGUACCAUUGAUGUUACUUCAUCUAAUGUAUCAGAUGCAAGGCAAAUUGAUGAGGUUCGUAGGUUUGCUGUCUACUUGGAUCAACAUAUUGAUCAGUUGAUUCCACAAGACAAGCAAGUGAAUGAACACCUCAGAUCCCUUGUAUUUUUUCAUGACAAGAAGUGUAGGAUGGAAAAUUGGGACCUAGUCAGAGGCAUUUUUGUGAAGUUCAAAUUACUUAGAGUUCUAGAUCUUGAAGGAAUUAAGGGACUGAAGGGACAAUCAUUGCCUAAAGAAGUGGGGAAUCUUUUAUGGUUGAAGUUUCUGAGCCUGAAAAGGACUCGUAUUCAAGUGCUGCCAUCUUCCUUGGGUAAUUUGGAGAAUCUGCAGUUCCUAAAUUUGCAAACUGUCAAUAAAGUGAGCUGGGAUUCAACAGUGGAAAUUCCAAAUGUAAUAUGUAAGUUGAAACGGUUGAGGCAUCUAUAUCUUCCAAAUUGGUGUGGGAAUAUUUCUAACAACCUGAAAUUAGAAAAUUUGACUAAUUUACAGACGUUAGUAAAUUUUCCUGCCAGCAAAUGUGAUGUUAAAGAUCUAUUGAAGUUAAAAAAGCUCAGAAAGUUAGUACUGAAUGACCCAAGACAUUUUCAAAAGUUUAGUGAAAGUUUCAGUCCCCCUAAUAAAAGGUUGGAUUGCCUUCUAUCCUUGUCUUUAAGGACUGACAUGCUCUCUUUCCCUGAAAAUGUGGUAGAUGUUGAAAAAUUGGUGUUAGGCUGUCCUUCCCUCCGUAAGCUGCAGGUUGAAGGGCGGAUGGAAAGGCUGCCAGAUGCCUCACUGUUUCCUCCACAGCUUUCAAAGUUGACUAUAUGGGGUUGCAGACUUGUGGAUGAUCCAAUGGCAACACUAGAGAAGCUUCCUAACUUGAAGUUUCUAAAUGGGUGGGAUAUGUUUGUUGGAAAGAAAAUGGCAUGCUCACGAAAUGGUUUCCCUCAACUUGAGGUUCUAGUACUUCGUGGCUUGCACAAUUUAGAUGAGUGGACAAUAGAGAAUCAAGCCAUGCCUAAUCUUCACCGAUUGAGCAUAUCUGAUUGCAACAAUUUAAAGGCGGUUCCUGAUGGGCUAAAAUAUAUUACUAGUCUUCGGGAGCUAGAAAUCAGAUGGAUGCCUAAAUCAUUCAAGACCAGGCUUGGAACUGCUGGAGAGGAUUACCAGAGAGUCCAACAUGUUCCAUCUAUUGUAUUUUUGAACUAA